AGCCAGGUUCGCUACCAAGCAGUUGUGGUAUCGUGCAGUGUAUUAGUGGGCGGUGGAGGGACGCUUCAGGCCUGCAGUCGGCGUCCUCCAUUCCUGCUAACAGCAGGACAUCGUGCAGUACUUGCAGGACCCUUCGGCGCCUACGGUGGGAGUCCUUAGGCUUCGGAGGCUUGUAGCGGACAGCCUGAGAAGUAGGAGGACCACCCUUCACGCUCCAGCUCAACAACAAACUGCAUGCGCCGCACAUCCAUCCACCGCUGCACUGCACUGCAUCACUACUGGCAUCUUCAAGUUCAGCUCUACCAUCUACUAGUAUUUCAAACCUGUUCCCUUCAAUGAACGCCAUACUCUGACUGUACCUACCACUGGCAGUCCACAGACGAUAGCUGGAUCGACAGGUAGAACGAGUCGUCUCCUGGUCAUCUCCCCAGACCCGGUCCCAGUGCCAGUCCCAGUGGUCUCAACACCACCAUACACUCGGACCCCUUGUCAAGAACCGCCCGCCCCGUUUUUGCCGACCACCGCGGCGUCCUCCACUCGCACGUUGCUUAUCUCGGCCUCUUGCGUGCUGCGCAGUGCCAGUGCCAGUGCCAGUAGCGUCGCCCGACUCGGUUCAAGUUAGACCUCGUUCCCAUCCUCGUGGUGCUCCUCUGCCACUCGACUUCUUCGUCGUCCGGCCAUCAUUGAUUGUCGCUGGUCAUGCCGCCGAGCUUCAGCUGACUGUCUUGUUGUCUCUGGCCUUGUUGCAACGGUCCUGCUGCUCGCCAACUUGAAGAUAGAGCGGCCUGACCUCCAACAUUAUCCAAGCCCUGUUUCGGACGGGUGAGGGGCAGAGGCAUUUCCUCCCGCUUGCCUGGACAACGUGAUAUACAGCCCUACUAUAGUGGUCCGACAACUGAGGUGCACAACACCUCUUCUGAGAUAUAAUGGAAUCGACUUCCACCAUGACGCCCUCGGCGAAUACAGGUAUCUCGUCCUGUCUUCCAACACGACAGGCCGACUCUCCUAGACCAAUGACCCCUGCUAGUCCUGUGAUCGAAGCCACGACGGCCUUCGACCAACCGGUCAAACGCAAGUCUCGACACAGACUCCUCCAGGGUCUCCAGCGCAUGUCUUCCUCGCCUUCGCUGGCCAAGUUGGGCCGCACUCGAUCGAGCGAGAAGGUCUACAAGUCUGGAGCAAAAGCCUCCAUCUCCUGCGUCUCCCUCGGGUCCCCUCCUUCGGCCUACUCCCUUUCUCCUCCGAAUUCCUAUACAUCCCAGCUUUCCAAUGGCUUCUCCACGGCUCCCACCACCCCAGGCUCGCCCGGUAGCCAACAGUCCUACUUCGAAGCAAAUGCUCGCCUGCGGCCCAUCUCGCCCAACGAAGCCAACAGUGUUCCCGUGCCGAUUGACGUGCGGACCGCGAAGCCCAUCUCUACCCCUCUCCCCGAGAUCUCAGAGAAGCCCUUCCCGCGACGGCCAGACUUCAACUUCUGGAGAGAUUUACCACACGAGAUUCGGGUGCAUAUCUUGAAUUUCUUGUCUCCGAAAGAGAUCAUCAGGGUGUCUGCAGUUUCUAAAGAAUGGCAUGACAUGUGCUUUGACGGGCAGCUAUGGACCAGUUUGGACUGCCAGAGCUACUACCAACAGAUCACAUCGGAGGCGUUGGUCAAGAUCAUGCUCAAGGCUGGCGCAUUCGUCAAGAACCUCAACUUGAGAGGAUGCGUCCAACUACGAGAUCAGUGGUUGAGUCUGGGGACGAGAAUGACCAACCAGGAAUGCAGGAAUCUCGAGUCCUUCAGCAUCGAGGGCUGCAAGAUUGAAAGAUCAUCCAUCCAUUUCUUCCUCCUCAGAAACCCAAAGCUUAUCCACAUCGACAUGCCCAGCAUGGACAACAUUAACAACGCCACGAUGAAAAUCAUCGCCAGCCAUUGCCCGCAACUGGAACUGCUCAACAUUGACUGGUGCUCUCAGAUUGACACCCGAGGCUUGAUCAAGGUCAUCCAGUCCUGUCCUAAUUUGACCGAUCUACGAGCAUCUGAGGUUCGAGGCCUGGAUGACCGCGACUUCAUGGUCGAGUUGUUCCGGCGCAACACCUUAGAACGCUUGAUCCUCCAGCACUGCGACAGUCUGACAGACGAAGCCCUCGAGGUCAUGGUCCAAGGUCUGAACCCGGACCGAGACGUCUUGACCGACCGUCCUGCGGUCCCACCACGGCGCCUGAGACAUUUAGACAUUUCGAGGUGCCGAAAUCUGACUGACCGAGGCGUGAGAGCGCUCGCUCACAACGUGCCAUAUCUGGAAGGUUUCCGCUUAUGUCAAAAUACCGCCUUGACCGACGAUGCGUUGGAAGACUUGCUGCAGACCACAGACCGACUGACGCAUUUGGAGGUGGAAGAAGUAGAGCAACUCACCAAUGCCACCUUGAUUACCCUGUCCCAGUCCAAAGCAGCCAAGACACUGGAGCACUUGAGCAUCUCCUACUGUGAACUGAUGGGUGACAUUGGAGUGCUGCCCUUGCUCAAGGCAUGUCCCGAGCUGAAGUCUUUGUGUCUGGACAACACCCGCAUUUCGGAUCUAGUCCUCAUCGAAGCCUCGGAACAGGUUCGCAAGCGGGGCAGCACUACGAAGAAAUCCCAACUGCCCAAAAAGGGGCUUGAGCUGGUGGCUUUUGACUGUGCCAACGUCACCUGGGCAGGAGUCCGAGAAAUCCUGCAGGGCAACGGACGCGUGAUGCAAGGUCGCAAGAAGUCGGUGGUGCAGAGACACAGUUUCGUCGGGGAAGACGGCGAGCAGGAAGAAAUCCGGAAAGUCGUCGAGAUCCAGACCCUUCUUUAUCCCACACAGAUCAUUCAUCUCAAAGCCUUCUACGGCUGGCAGCAGACGGUGGAAGAGCAUUACAAGCGCUGUAUCACCGGUCGCUGGGGAGCCGCGGCUCGGCUGGAGGCCAAAUGGGCCGAGUGGAUGGUGGCGAGUGAGGAGGUCGGCGUGGCCGCUCAGGGAUGGAGUUCGAGGAGAAGAAGACGUCGGGCUCGUGAGGCCGAGAAUAGAGUGCGUGAUGAUGAGGACGGCGCCGCCCCGGAUGCUGCCACGGGCGAUGAGGAUGGCAGUGGCAGUGGUUCCGGCUUGGAGUUUUCCGCCGGUCGCACUCCUGCGGGAGGCCGUCGAAGAGCCAGGAGCGGUGGGUGUACGGUGAUGUGAGGGGCAUCACUGGUCUCGAACUGAUGGGCAGAUUGCACGAGCAUUUACGAGUCUUUAUGAAUCAGUCUGGACUGUGUUGGCUAGCCCCUGACGUCUGGAGGGAUUCGAGACCCGAGCGAGAGCCGCCAGCGAGCCGACCAGCUGCCAGUUGCCAGCUGUUGAAGAGGCAAAUCUAAGAACGAGACCAAGGACGAGAUCGGAUGAAGCAAUGUGAUCAUGAAGAGUACUUAAGGAGCCAAGAUGUGACUGCCCAGAGAAUGAAGUCAGAUGAAUUGAGACGAGUACUUGAAGUCACUGAGGGAUGAACCGAACCCGGACGAGGAGACAUGGCUUGCUGCUCAUGUAUGUUAACCCUCUCGUCUUUUAGCGAGCAUCUCUCUGGGAGUUGGUCAGUCAUUUCAGGUCGGACUUGUAAGGGGAGCAGGGACCUUGGCCUGGUUUUUUUUUUUCUUUGUUAUCGCUUUGGUGGAAAAAUUGGUGGAUUUUCAGGUUUCUGCAAUUUCUAAGAUCGAAGGCGCCGAGGUGAGUGAGAUCGGAUCAGGCGAAUUGGAAUGGAAAGGAAUGGAUAUGUAACGUCGUUGAUGGGAUGGCGCAACUGGAAGGCAAAGCAGAGCUGUCUUCAUCUAGCUUAGCAAUAACAAAGCAAUGUUUCGACUUUCAAGUGAUCAAGGGCAGCGAAUCAACAAUGGUUUCCUUUGCUCUUGUUGUUUUUCUGUUCUGGAAUUCGAGCACAGAGGAAACUAAGGUACCUACUGUGGUACAGUACACUGAUAACAGUACUACUGUACUGCCAAC